UUCUGGUCGCACCGGAACGGCUGCGGCCCGAGGGCUCUGCUUGGAGAGCAGCGCUCAGGGCAGGCGGGGAUGGUGUGGUGUCUCCCCGUACAGCGGUGGUGUGGGUUGGAGCCCCUGUGCCGGCUCACCAUGGAGCUCAGGUGGUACUGGCAGAAGGAAAAGAGAGAGCCCUAUGUGAAAUUUAUGGAAGCAAAUUACCCACCUGGCUUCAGUUAUGAAGAUUUUGGUCCUCUGUUUACAGCAGAGUUCUUUGAUCCCAACCAGUGGGCAGAUAUUCUGAAGGCUUCAGGUGCAAAAUAUGUUGUCUUAACCUCAAAACAUCAUGAGGGCUUUACUUUGUGGGGGUCCAAAUAUUCUUGGAACUGGAAUGCUGUUGAUGUGGGACCAAAGCGAGAUCUUGUUGCUGAGCUAGCAACAUCUGUUAGAAACAGGACUGACUUGCAUUUUGGGUUAUACCAUUCCCUGUUUGAAUGGUUUAAUCGUCUCUUCCUUGAGGAUGCCACCAAUGCCUUUAAGACAAGAAAGUUUCCAACCAGCAAAUCAUUACCAGAACUCUAUGAAAUUGUGACCAAGUACCAGCCAGAAAUAAUUUGGUCUGAUGGGGAUGGAAAUGCUCCAGAUACUUACUGGAACAGCACUGGUUUCUUGGCUUGGCUGUAUAAUGACAGCCCAGUCCGGGAUACAGUAGUGACCAAUGACCGCUGGGGAGUUGGCAGCAUCUGCACCCAUGGCGGCUUCUACACGUGCAGUGACCGCUACAACCCCGGGCACCUCCUGCCCCACAAGUGGGAGAACUGCAUGACCAUCGACCGCAGCUCCUGGGGGUACCGCAGGGACGCGCGGCUUGGCGACUACCUCGCCAUCGAGGACUUGGUGAAGCAACUUGCAGAAACAGUGUCUUGUGGAGGAAAUCUCCUGAUGAAUAUCGGGCCCACUCACGAUGGUCGCAUCGCUGUUGUGUUUGAGGAGCGCCUGAGGCAGGUGGGUGCCUGGCUGAAGGUCAACGGAGAGGCCAUCUAUGGAACGAAACCGUGGAGAGCACAGAAUGACACGGUCACACCAGGAGUCUGGUACACUUUCAGCCCUAAAGAAGGGAAAGUCAACGCCAUCUUCCUUAACUGGCCAGGCUCUGGGACUCUGGAACUUGGUGAGCCACGGGCUAAGCUUGGAGAAACACAGGUGAAGCUGGCUGGGUACAAGGAACUGCUGAAGUGGGUUGCCCUAGGAGAAAAGGGAAUGAUUAUUGCUCUACCUCAAUUAACUCCUCAGCAAUUGCCAUGUCAGUGGGGCUGGACCUUACAACUGACUGAUGUAAACUGAUCCACACUCUGCUGGAGCCCUGGCUAGCAGGGGAUGCCGAUGUUUUGCUCUUUCUUAUCCCUGGUUUUAAACUUACUUGCUUGACUGAGAAACACCAAUAAAUUCACUUUUUCUUUGA